AUGAAACGUCACCAGAAAUCAUCGUACUUAUUUGACACUGUUAAAGAUUACUCUGAAUGGGACUAUGUUUUGAAGCUCUGUUCUCCCAUCACGGAAGAAUUGUUCGAUAGCGUAGACACCCUGCGAAUUAAAUGGGGUGAUACGGUCUUCGUACUUGCCAAUGAAGAUGGAACUACCGAUCUUAAGAUUGACAUCCGUGUUAUCUUGGAUAAAGUCACACAAAUGCUCAACGUUGAUGAUAUUGAAGGUAAAAUUAUAGUCAAUCAGCUUAUCUGUCAUUACGUCGAUGUUUGUUAUAUUCCUGGGUUAGAAAUCUGUGGUUCAGGGUUGCACAUGAGAUCUCACUGGUUGCGCCUUGGUUAUAUGUUGGUAAUAAGCGGUGUUCUUUUCUUCGGUUAA